AUGACCGAAAAAUCCAAUGGUGUGAAGAGCUCUCCAGCUAAUAAUCAUAACCAUCACCCUCCUCCUACCAUCAAGGCCAACGGCAAAGAUGACCACAGGACAGGUAGCAGACCACAGUCUGAGGCGGCUGAUGAUGACACUUCCUCAGAACUGCAAAGACUGGCAGAGAUGGAUACCCCACGGAGGGGGAGGGGUGGCUUCCGAAGGAUUGUCCGCCUGGUGGGGAUCAUCAGAGACUGGGCCAACAAGAAUUUCCGUGAGGAGGAACCAAGGCCUGAUUCCUUCCUAGAGCGUUUCCGUGGUCCUGAGCUUCAGACUGUGACAACACAUCAGGGGGAUGGCAAAGGCGACAAGGACGGCGAAGGAAAGGGCGCCAAGAAGAAAUUUGAACUGUUUGUCUUGGACCCAGCUGGAGACUGGUAUUACCACUGGUUGUUUGUCAUUGCCAUGCCUGUUCUUUACAACUGGUGCCUGUUGGUGGCCAGAGCCUGCUUCAGUGAUCUACAGAGAAACUAUUUUGUGGUAUGGCUGGUGCUGGACUACUUCUCAGAUACUAUCUACAUUGCAGACCUCUUCAUUCGACUGCGCACAGGCUUCCUAGAACAGGGACUCCUGGUCAAAGACCCCAAGAAAUUGCGAGACAACUAUAUCCACACCUUGCAGUUCAAACUGGAUGUGGCUUCCAUCAUCCCCACUGACCUCAUCUAUUUUGCUGUGGGUAUCCACAGCCCCGAGGUGCGCUUCAACCGUCUGUUACACUUUGCCCGUAUGUUUGAGUUCUUUGACCGCACUGAGACACGCACCAGCUACCCCAACAUCUUCCGAAUCAGCAAUCUGGUCCUCUACAUUUUGGUCAUCAUCCAUUGGAAUGCUUGCAUUUACUAUGCCAUCUCUAAAUCCAUCGGCUUUGGGGUUGACACCUGGGUUUAUCCCAAUAUUACUGACCCUGAGUAUGGCUACCUGGCUAGGGAGUACAUUUACUGCCUUUACUGGUCCACAUUGACCCUCACCACCAUUGGAGAGACACCACCCCCUGUAAAGGAUGAGGAGUACCUCUUUGUCAUCUUUGACUUUCUGAUUGGUGUCCUCAUCUUUGCCACUAUUGUGGGAAAUGUGGGCUCCAUGAUCUCUAACAUGAAUGCCACACGAGCAGAGUUUCAGGCCAAGAUUGAUGCUGUCAAACACUACAUGCAGUUCCGAAAGGUCAGCAAAGAGAUGGAAGCCAAGGUCAUUAAAUGGUUUGACUACUUGUGGACCAAUAAGAAGACAGUAGAUGAACGAGAAGUCCUCAAGAACCUGCCAGCAAAGCUCAGGGCUGAGAUAGCCAUUAAUGUCCACUUGUCCACCCUGAAGAAAGUACGCAUAUUUCAGGAUUGUGAGGCUGGCCUGCUGGUGGAGCUGGUACUGAAGCUUCGUCCUCAGGUCUUUAGCCCUGGGGAUUAUAUUUGCCGUAAGGGGGACAUUGGCAAGGAAAUGUACAUCAUCAAGGAGGGCAAGUUGGCAGUAGUAGCUGAUGAUGGUGUGACUCAGUAUGCCUUGCUCUCAGCUGGAAGCUGCUUUGGAGAGAUUAGCAUCCUUAACAUUAAGGGCAGCAAAAUGGGCAAUCGGCGUACUGCCAAUAUCCGUAGCCUGGGCUACUCAGAUCUCUUCUGCUUAUCUAAGGAUGAUCUUAUGGAAGCUGUGACUGAGUACCCUGAUGCCAAGAAAGUCCUAGAGGAGCGGGGUCGGGAGAUUCUUAUGAAGGAAGGUCUGUUGGAUGAGAACGAGGUGGCAGCCAGCAUGGAGGUAGAUGUUCAGGAGAAGCUGGAACAGCUAGAGACAAACAUGGAGACAUUGUACACUCGCUUUGCCCGCUUGCUGGCUGAGUACACCGGGGCCCAGCAGAAGCUCAAGCAACGCAUCACAGUGCUGGAGACCAAAAUGAAACAGAACCAUGAGGAUGAUUACCUAUCAGAUGGGAUAAACACCCCUGAGCCAGCUGCUGAUGAAUAG